AUGUAUCGCUCCAUUCUUCAGCUUCAACGAGUUAGUCGUGUUGCUUCUCGUCGCACCUACAGUAAUGUGCCUGAGAUAAAUCCCGUGUCUAUUUUACCAACAAAAGAUAAUGGCCAAAACACAGUUUCCCGGGCGCCUGGUGUCAGAAACCAGGGGGACAAAUCUACGGGUAAACAUGAGGAUAAAUCUGGGCCAGGUCCAUUCAAUCGUUUGAACUUGACAAAUGAUGAAUAUCCUUCAUACACACGCACCAAAGGUCAAUUUCUUCAAGAUACCACUCGUGGCUCACCGUCAGAGCUAGACAAUGUAUAUCCUUCAUACAAACGCGCAAAUAAACAAUUUAUUCUUGAUACCACUCAUGGUCCACCUGUGCCUUUACGGAAGGAUAACCGACCUCCAAAUUUCAUACGGCCUCUUCUCAGUCAUGGACUCUCAGCGCAGGAAAAAGCAAAUGAGGAGUCAAUUAACUCUAUGGCCGACCUUGGAGAAGAGAUUAUUCAUCCAAAAUUAGGAAAAGGUUAUCGGGAGAAUUCUCGCUUGCUUGACAAUGGAGCAUUCGUGCCAAUCAAUUUUGUUGAUGGGCCUGAUUCGAUCGUAGGUGACGAUGCUAAGCCAGAUCAUGUUACUGUUUACCCAUGGGAUUGGCUCCACAAAUAUGAGGUUUACCGCGACGCAAGUAAAUUUCAGCGAGUUAAACCUACGCUUUUAACUGCCAAGCGGGAAUUAGUUGCUUCAGCGGAAGAAGGAAGUAUAAUACCUGAUCCAGAUAGCCAUGAAGUUGUCCUUUGGGACUCGAUUAUCGGAAAACACCCACCUACAGUCAACUACGAUGAAGUCAUGGCUAGCGACACUGGUGUGGGGAAAUGGACACGCAUGAUUCAUAACUAUGGUUUCUGUUUCGUAGAUGGAGUUCCAGUCUGCCCUGAAAAGACUCAAGAGCUUCUCGAACGCAUCGCUUUCAUUCGCCCCACACACUACGGUGGUUUCUACGACUUCACAUCUGAUCUGACAAUGAAAGACACAGCCUAUACCAGCGAAGCCAUUGGUCCCCACACCGACACAACCUAUUUCACCGACCCCGCCGGUCUCCAAAUGUUUCAUCUCCUCUCUCACACCGAAGGCACCGGGGGCGAAUCCCUCCUCGUCGACGGUUUCUGGGCCGCCCGCUCACUUCGCAAUCGCUACAAAGAUUCUCUGUCAAAAAUAGCUGUCCCUUGGCAUGCUAGUGGUAAUGAUGGCAUUAAUAUUACUCCCAAUAGGCCAUAUCCCGUUCUCACGAUGAAUACGAAUCGUAGAGCGACGCAGAUUCGAUGGAAUGAGGCGGAUAGGGGAACUAUUCAUCCGGGGUACUCUCAGGAGUGGUACGAGGCGGCAAAAACGUUUAAUGAUAGGGUUAAUGAUCCGAGGUUACAGUAUUGGUCGCAGCUCGUACCGGGACGAGCUUUAAUCUUUGAUAACUGGAGAGUUCUUCAUGGAAGAUCAGAAUUCACGGGUAAAAGACGUAUUUGUGGUGGAUACAUUAACCGUGAUGACUACGUGUCGAGAUACUUGAACACAAACUUCACCCGAGAACAAAUCUUGGAGAAGAUACUAUGA